AUGUAUAAAUCGAUUACACCUGGCGCAGCCAGUUUAGGAGGAACCUACUCAAGCGCACCAACCAAGAAGGAACAGUCCUGCAGGACCAUGUCGGGCGCGACCAAGACGAGUGCAGCACAGCUGGAGGCUGUGAAGAAGUACCUGAAGAACUUUGAUUAUAAGAAUGAAGAGGAGAGUAUAAAUGGGUUUGCUGAUCUCCUGAAGGAGUUUAACAUAAAAAUGGCUGUGUUUGAUUUUGACCUGACGAUUAUUGGUGCCCACUCUGGAGGCUACGUCGACACGACCAACGACGUGAGCCACAUUGGAACUGCAGUGACGAAUCACUUUAAGAUUCUGUCCAAGGCGUUGAACGAAAACGGAAUUCAAAUUACCGUCGCGACGUUUUCAGACGAGGAGGCCAUCCGGUACGGCCGCGGCAGGAACUCCAACCUCAUCGCGGGUGAAGAAAUGGUUAACUUCAGCAUGAAGGGGAGCAAGUGUGACGCGAAGAUUGAGAAGGUCUAUGCCUACUACCCCCCGUACUACCGGGAGCCUCGGCAGUAUCGGAAGCUGGGGCUGGACAAGCCCAUGAGUCACGACAAGUCGUACCAUUUGAAGCAGAUCAGGACCGACUUUGGAGUAAGCAUUGACGAAAUUUUAUUCGUGGAUGACGACGUGAACAAUUGCGUCUCCGCGAAGAAGGAGGGAUACUUGACCUUCAACGUUAUGGGUAAACAUGGCUUCAACUUUAAAAAUGUAAAAGUUAUGUAG